GUAACUCUCCCUUCGCAAGGUGUCAGCCUAGAGCAAAUUGGAAUUCGCCAUAACUACAAUGACACAAGGAACAAUCUUUUGAUUGGUAAACACACCAAACUUAUAUGUCAAGGUUUCACAGGCAAACAGGUGAGGUCCUUUAUAAUAGAAAUUUCUCACUGAGAUAAAAAUAUAGCGUUAAAGAGGGAUAAAAGUCAAGUUCUCAAUACAUCUAGCUAUAAAUUAUUUGUUCAAAAAAUUAUUACUAUGCAAUAACAAUGGAAAAUUAAUAGAUAUUCGCAGACUCAAAGGUUAUGAACUCUUACGGACCAAUGAAUAUAAGGGGACUAUUAGGUCCUGUUUACAUGGAAGUGGGGGACGCCAGGAAGGUGGGGUAACCUGCCUGUCCAUAUAAUCUGUCAUUUUAAUUUUAUCAUGUUUACAUGAUAGGUGGGGUGACCCUCCACAUGUUACCUCACCUAUCUGGAGUCUCCCGCCUCCAUGUAAAUGGGCCCUUAGUUUAUGAGGGGAAGAAAUGGGAAAACCAAAUGUUUAGUCACAUUUAGCUUUGUUUCUUUACUUCUCUCUUUCUCUUGUGAUGCUAAUAUCAUGUUUAUUUCUCGCAAUCAACAUGAUAUUUUUUAUAGCUAGUUCUAAGCCAGUUUUUUAUUGGCCUUAUUGUGAUGAACUCUCACUUUUUCCCUCAGUGUACAGUUAGUAUUGUAUCUUAAGGUAUUAGAUCUGCUAUAAACCCUUCCAUUUGAAAAAUUUAUUUCUCAAAUAAUUCAGAAUUUUGCAAAAUAAAAAUUGCACAGGCCUAUCAAGCGAGAGCUGAGCUUUCAGAAAAUUGAUAUCCUAGGUGUCAAUUUUCACACCUAAGGUGUUAUUUCCAAUUUAUAUAGCAGGCUCAAAAAUUCAAUAAUUCUGUAUUUCUGGCUUUCUCUUGAUAGCCAGGAAUAAUUUAUUUGACUUAUACUUAGUUUGUUCAUUUACCUUUAAAUUCCCGGCAGUAGCCAGUAAAUUUUUCCUAAGAUAAUUAUAGAGGAGGAAUUUUUUGUAAUGCCCUGUAACUUCAGGCCGCGGCAAAAAUUCCAAAAUAUUCCGGGAAUUGCCGGGAAAUUUAAUCCAGUUUUCCUGUACAUUAUGUGAAUAAACCUGGCAAGUUUCAGCGCGGUAUUAUAAAUCCUCAUCUUUUUACAUCGAUUUGUUUUCAGUGCAGUCCAACACAGCCACAAAAUUGCCCUUAAUUCGCCCUUGAUUUUCGUCGCGCUGUGCUCUUUCUUCAUCGCCAUCUUGAAUUCUUAUGAGUAAACCGCUGUUCUUAAUGUUUGUUGUGACACUGACCCGAUUGUAGCACGGAAAGUGGCAAGAAAAAUACGAAAAUCUUCGUUUGAACUCAUUGCAUGACGCACUCUCAAUAUGGCGUCGUAAACAAUGUUUUAGCCUUAGCAACAUGGUAAUUUGCAUAAUGGGUCAUUAAACUGCAGCCUUAUCUGUCAUGGAUCUUACAAGGAUCAUAUAUCUGAUGUGUCUCUAGAAGGCUUUUUACAGCCAUAGAAAUGAUUUAGAAAUAUCAAAACAAUCAUUGAUUGUCAGAAUUUGUAUCUGUGAAAUAUUUAGAUUUUCUGUCACAAGAUAAAUGUUAAUUAUGUGUAAUUUGUGCACGAUCCUGUUAUCCAGCUCUUAGCUGCAAGGGGUUCUGAAUAAACAACUCUACUCUUCUCUACUCUACCCUACUUAAUUUGGGGAAGCAGAAUGUAAGCGAAUUUUGCUAUAAUUUGCCCUGGCUUACUUGAAACUCAUAAUGCGUUAUCGCGUGUUAGGUUGUGAAAAUUGCAACGUUUCUGGCAACAACAGAAAGUAUCGCAUGGGAUUUCAUCCCUGUGAUUAUAAAUAAUUUAUUUCCAAAAAAGCACUCUUAGAUACCAACUUUGGCCUUCGUUUUCUCGGCUUACAUUUAACAAUAAUGCUUCAUUUUUGGAAUUUGAGUUCAGGUUAAGAGUACAUUUAAAAUAAGCAGUUUUAUAAUCAUGAUCAUUUUUGGCUUUAUAGCAGUUCGAAUACCUUAAUCGUUGCAUUCUCUUUAACCAGGGCACAUUUCAUAGUGAACAAUCAAUUGCUUAUGGAACUCAGAUGGUUGGAGGUGUUUCACCAGGGAAGGGUGGCCAGACACACUUGGGACUUCCAGUCUUCAAUACAGUGAAAGAGGUACAUGUACAGUGUAUGUCAUGUAACAUGUGAAUUGUGUAUGAAUGAGGGGCUGUGCUUAGAUCUACAGUCAAUUGUUAUUCUUUUAAGUAGUAAAAAUGUUGAUUAAUAUGGACACCAUAAGUGAUACCAUAAGUGAUAUGGAUACCAUAAUUUUUUGAAAAGGAUUAUUUAAACUGGAAAGAAAUUUACAGCUUACCCUACCAGGUUGCCCUUGACACUAAGUCACGUGAAUUUCAAUAUAAAUUGUUACACAGCUAUCUGGCCACCAAUGAUUUUUUAGACAAAAUUGGUAUUUCUUCAUCACCACGAUGUUCUCUGUGCGAUGGGGCGGAUGAAUCCCUUGAACACCUUUUUGUCUCUUGCCUAAUUACUCAGAGUUUUUGGGCAGAAGUUAUUAAAUGGUGUAGCAAUCGGGGGGUGGUUAUUAACCAUCUCUCUGCUAAAGAUAUAUUAUUUGGGAUAAAGGUACAUAAGGACAAUUAAUUUAUUAAUCAUAUUUUGCUAGUUGGUAAGCAGUAUAUAUAUAAUUGCAGAUGCACGAAAACAAACCCUUGUUUACGAGUUUUGUUGGCAAGACUCAGUAACGUUUAUCAAUUAGAAACUAUCAUUGCCAAAUCAAAGAAUAAAAUGUCUUUUCUUUUAUCGAAAUGGCAAGCACUCUUGACAGGUGGUAUGCAAUUGCCGACAACACUUGUUAAGGUUUAGUAGUAUUGAUACUCUUGUUGUGUGUCGUGUGUGCUGUGCGUGCGUGUGUGAGUUAUUUGUGUAUCAUUUUUUUAAAAAAUUGUAACGUCGGUAAUGUAUGUAAAAAUUAAUGUUAUUAUUGUACGGCAAGAAACUGAAAUAAACAGUGAUUAAAUUACAAAAAAAAAUACCAUAAGUGAGUAGAGAGACCAAGCAUUUUGAGCACUUUAUCACUUGCCCUUUUUAUUGGUUGCAUAACUACAUGUAAUUUUUCCAAAAGAACGUUCUAGAUGGUAGUAUUUACAGUUAUUUAGGCUGCAAUGUUCUUUAAAGCAUUUUUGCCAUUAUUGAAUCAUUUAAAUUAGAAUUAAUCAAUUUCCAAUGGAAUCAGCCUUAAACUAUCAAAUCCCUACCAUUGUUGAAAGAAUGAUAAUUAUCAUAAUUUUUACGUCCUGAGAAUAAGACAAUCUUCCUUAUUUAUCAACAGAUUUUGAAUACUUUUAAAGUCAGACUUGGACAUAUAUGUACUAAAACCUUACUGUAAAACCGAAUCAUAAGGUGAUCAAUUUGUUUCCCAGGCAAAAGAUGAGACUGGUGCUGAUGCCACAGUGAUUUAUGUUCCACCACCUUUUGCUGCUGCUGCAGUAUUAGAAGCUAUUGAAGCAGAAGUGGGUUUAAUUGUUUGUAUUACCGAGGGAAUCCCCCAACAAGAUAUGGUUAAAGUCAAGCACACCUUGGAACGCCAAGAUAAAAGUAGAAUGAUUGGGCCUAACUGUCCUGGGAUAAUCAAGGUCAGUGAUACAUGUAUACUUCUACUUCAUGUUUGUAGUAUCAGUUUUGCUGGGCCAGGUGGCAUUAUUGGAGAAAGUCACAUAAUUUAAAAGUCACCGUAAAAAGGCAAAUUAAGGCCAUUUAAACAAUGAAAAAAAAGCAAAAAUAAGACGAGUCCUAGACAAUAUGCAUCUUAUGUAAGAUGCAAAUUUCCCUUUAAAAUAGAAAAUUUUUUUGUCUGAAAAAAGAUGUGGAUUUGCUAAGACGUGUCUUAAUACUAGUUCUAGAUACAUGUAAGAUACAUCUUAGCUCAGAAAAAUACCUCACGAGUCAUACAAAUGACCGUUGCGUCUUGUACAUGUAAAGGAUGCAGAUGCAAUCAUUAUUUUAACAUGGAAUGCUGUCACCUGGUAGCAUUUGCACAAAACAAUUCUGUGUCCAGUAAUAAGAUGUCAUCAAGAUGCAAAGCAUUAAUUGUUUUAUACAAGCUCAUUGUAUCAUGUAAAAGGCUUCCCCCCAUAAUAUGGUUCAGUUGACAUAUUACCAAGGCAUGAUAUUGUCUUUUGUACAUGUUACAAGUCAAAAUUAUAUUCAGGUUAAAAUUUUUUAACCUAGGUUGAUUCUCAAUUUCCUUUGUCUCCUAGCCCUAAUUCUUGAAUAACUAGGGCUAGCAGACAAAGGAAAUUUUAUUGAGAAUCAACCUAGGUUAAAAAAUUGUAACCUCAAUUUAAAUUUUGACCUGUAACAUACAUGUAGGACUUUAUUUUUUUUCCUUGUUUGGUGACCCUAUUGUCAUCUUCCCAGCUUGUAUCUUUAGGUAGAUGGUUUCCAGUCAAUGCAAUAAGCAUAAUGGUUUCAGUUCAAUUUUGGCUUAAGUUUUCAUAUUUUUCAAUGUGUUUAUAAUUUUUUAUCUUUCAGCCAGGAGAAUGUAAAAUUGGUAUCAUGCCAGGGCAUAUACACAAACCAGGAAAAAUAGGUGUGUUAUUUUAUAAUUCUAAUUUCUGUUAUUAGUCUGUUCUAGACAUUUCAAGGCUGACUCUAACAUUUUAAGUUGCCAGGUACAGCUGCAUAUGUAAUUAUUAAAUGGGGAAUUGAACAGCUAAAAGGUCAUUUGGUUCUAUUUUCCCUUUGUCUCACAUUAAAAAUUUCUGGGGGUCAUACUGUAUCCCCAGCUCCCAGCCCAUAGUGAUCAAGAGCCCUACAUUUACAAUACUGGGCAAGUACAUGUAUGUCAAUAACGUUUCUAAUAAAUUGUUUAAAUUUUAAGUAAUUUCAUUGUACAGCAUUUUACAUGUGGAUGAGUACACAGUUCCCAAGUAGUCCUGUAAUCUGCAAUUGACUCUUCCCCACCAAUGAGUGCCUUAACUUUAAAUAUGCCAAAUAGAGAAAGUGUUGUGUUAAAGCAUCGUGGAAAAGGCUUUAUUUGAUUAGGGGUACCAUAAGAUUUUGUUCGCAGACUCAACCAUUGAAACAACAUUAAAAGUGUCAAUAAAGACCCUGGGGGUUUAUUUCAGCUUGGGAAGCACAUCAUAGGCUUGUGCAUUUGUAUGAGUGUUUGGGUGGGGGUUAGGGAGUGGCAACCAAUCCACCCUACGGAAGCUGUUUAUCUGUAAGUUAAAUGAACCGCCUGGGUCUUCUGUGAAAAUUUUUGUAUGUAAGGAAACCAUCCUUGCUUUACACUGUAGGUGACACCAGUACGUGGGUUUCUCUCUUAUUGCAGGUAUUGUUUCAAGAUCAGGAACCCUAACUUAUGAAGCUGUACAUCAGACUACAAUGUGUGGCCUUGGUCAAUCCCUUUGUGUAGGUAGGAAGGCGAAAUGUUUUACAUUAUUACAUUGAAAAUCCUGUGGGACUGCUGUACUAUUUCAUUUCAGUGACUGAGAGUGAGUAAUCCAUUGCCUUCCUUAUUUCAGGUAUUGGUGGAGAUCCUUUCAAUGGAACAAACUUCAUUGACUGUUUAGAUGUGUUUUUAAAAGACCCUGAGACUGAAGGUAAAAUAAGAAUUCUUAAGAAUCCAGGCCAUAAAAACAAUAGAAAAACUAUUCUAUUACUUUAUUAAAAGAAAUGAUAAUAAUUAAAAAAUGUCAAUCAUCUUUUUGGCAUUGGUUACAGCUUUCAAAAUAAACAUGACAUAGAAGCCAAUUGAGUCUUAAAAAACAAAGGUUAAUUUUAUGCCCUUCUAAUUGAAUACACUCCUCUUUUCAAAGACAUCAGUGUAUUUGCACAGAAGAGCUUAUGUCAUUGCCAUCUAUUUGAUUGAGUUACGUGGUAUUUUUCAGGUAUUGUUCUGAUUGGAGAGAUUGGAGGAGGUGCUGAGGAAAGAGCAGCUGAGUUUCUUCAAGAUAACAAUCAGGGUGAGAAUGCCAAGCCUGUAGUGUCAUUUAUUGCUGGAGUAACAGCACCACCUGGAAGGAGAAUGGGUAAGGAUUUCCUUGACUUACAACUAAAUGUAUUGUUAACACCAACUAGCACAACAUUAUUUUUAGGGUUGACAUAUCACCUACAGUUGUAAGUCCAGACGUGCAUACAACCUCGGACCAUUUAUGUCACAGCCAGUUAUUUGUGAUUUCCAUGUGAUUUUAUUUUGACUGAAAUGCUUGCAUUAGAUUAAGUUUAGGGCCUUGACACACUUGGUGAUCACGAUAAUAAAGAGCAUGAAUAAUAGUGUUCAUUUCUAGACAUAACUGAUUGAAUGAAACUCCAAAUUCAUGACUUGAGACUCGUUGAGCACACUAUGUAGGGUAACCAAGAUGCUGAGAUUAUAUUGUUCAGGGUAUUGACAAUUGAGUAAAAUUGACUGUGCAUGCACAUACCUUAUAACUAUACUCUUCCACAGUUCUUAUAUAGGGUGUUUUCAACCCGCUAUAUGUAAUAAUUAUGUCUGGGCAAGCACGACAGCAGUUGACUUUCACUUGAAGCAUGUGUUAGCAAUUCGGUUCCAAAGUUGAUAUAUCAAGGAAAAUAGUUAUUAUAACGCGAGGAGUUGCUAACCAGUCGCAAAGCGUCACAAAGUACGAGAUGAUUUAUUUUAUACUUUUGACACUUAAUUGAAACCUUACUUUAAACGAUUACACCUUUAGUAUUAAAGAGAUUUAAACUUACGAGGUUAGACAUUAAAAUCUCCUAAAUGAGCAGUUCUUUUAGAAAGUACAUAUAAUUGUUGCUCCGCCAAAUAUCUAAAUGUAGUGACUGUUUAUCAGCAGGACGCUUGAAAUGCACGCAUUUCCACAAUAAUUUGUUUUAAUUAUCUUCUUGGUUUGAAACAAACUUUGAAUCAAAGUCCGUCGGAGGUGCGUGUUUGAGUGAUACCUUGUGUGUUCUUUCUCUCAGGUCAUGCUGGAGCAAUCAUCGCUGCAGGACGAGGAACUGCUGAACACAAAGUAUGACAUUGUGUACUUUUAUCUACUGUACUAGAAUACACUGUGCUUUUCCGUCCUGUGUAGAUGAACUUACAAGUGCUUUUGUCUACUGUCAGCUUGAUAGAGAGGAGAAGUGUGACGUCAGAUUACCAUGGAAGCAGGAUUUCUGGAUCUCAACAAUUUUUUUGGACAGAGACAGCUAUUGGCAUUGUGGAGCGAUGGAAGAAAAGUAUUAGGCGACCGUUUUGUUUCCGAGUGCAAUCGUGCAAUUUUUUCGUUUUCUCUGCGAUAUUUGCAGGACUACUGUUUGUUGAAAUCCAGAGAUUUUGCUACCAUGGCAACAUGACGUAACCCUUUCUCCUCUUUAUUGUCUUCCCUCGGGUUUUCUGUUUCCUGAGGUGGCUAAUUAAUUUUCUUGGUAAAAGUUUGGUAAGAUAAUGUGAUCGUUGUUUUCAGAUUCAAGCUUUAAAGGAUGCGGGUGUGACGGUAACAAUGUCUCCAGCUCAGAUGGGAUCAUCUAUGAAAAAGGUAACUAAUUAA